CAGUUUGUCCAGUGUGUUGCCUUCUGGGCAUCUUUUCUCAUGAACCCCUGGAUGGCACAGAUUUAUCACAACAUUGGCCAGCUUGUGUGGUUCCUGGUUUGCUUGAAAUGGUCUUGGAUCCCAGCUGAGAGUGGAAAGCUGCUGAUUGUUCCCGUCGACGGGAGUCAUUGGCUCAGCAUGCAGACUAUACUGGAGGAGCUUCACAAGCGAGGACAUCAAAUUGUCGUCGUUUACCCUGAAAACACAAUGAUGAUUAGGACAUCCCAUCACUACACCAGCAAAACUUAUGCCAUUUCCUUCAGCAAAGAAGAUGUGAAGCAGGUACACAGAAAUCUGAUACAGAUGGCUUUUUACAAUGGGACCCUUUAUAAAAGAGUUAGGAGUACCUUGGAACAUAUAAAUGAUUACAGGCAGUUUGUCCUGUCUAACUGUGAGCAUUUCCUGUUCAACGCAGAGCUGAUGCAGGAGCUGGCUGAAGAAAAAUUUGAUGCCCUACUGACAGACCCCUUUUCCCCUUGCGGUACGAUCGUUGCUGAGUACCUCUCUCUCCCCACCGUCAACUUACUGCGAGGAAUCUAUUGUGGUUUGGAAUAUUCAGCCACUAAGUGUCCCAGACCACUCUCGUUUGUCCCAAGAGUACUCACAGGGAACACCGAUCGAAUGAACUUUCUCCAAAGAACUACAAACGUGAUGGCCAGUUUUUUGGAUCUGUGGCUGUGUCAUUUUCUAUAUUCGUCAUUUGAAGAGUUGGCCACCAGGUUCCUCCAGAGAGAUGUGAGUCUGGUCCAGCUGCUGAGCCAGUCUUCCAUCUGGCUACUGCGAUACGACUUCAUCCUGGAGUACCCGAGACCCCUGAUGCCAAACAUGGUCCUUGUUGGAGGCAUCACCUGCAAGGAGAGGAAACCCUUGCCCCAGGACCUGGAAGAAUUUCUGAACAGUUCUGGAGAACAUGGUGCUGUGAUCUUCUCCUUAGGAUCCCUGAUUUCUGACAUGCCAAUCUCAACAGCCAACAUAAUUGCAGAAGCAUUUGGUCAAAUUCCUCAGAAGGUGGUGUGGAGACACAGUGGAGAAAGACCCUUGAAACUGGCACCCAACACCAAGCUGGUGGAAUGGCUGCCACAGAACGAUUUACUGGCACAUCCCAAAACACGAGCUUUCCUGACCCAUGGAGGGAUACAUGGAAUCUAUGAGGCGAUCUGCAGUGCUGUACCGAUGGUCAUGAUGCCAUUAUUUGGAGAUCAGGCAGAAAACAUGGUGAAUAUGAUACGUCACGGGGCUGGGAUUGGUUUGUCUUUGAAAGAAAUUAAUGCCCAGGAUCUGGUGGAUGCACUAACAAGCGUUAUCAAUGAUACCAGAUACAAGGAAGCCAUGAUGAGGUUGUCUUCACUGCACAAGGAUCGCCCGGUAGAGCCCCUGGAGCUCUCUGUCUAUUGGCUGGAGUUUGUGAUGAAGCACAGAGGUGCCAAACAUUUGCAGACUGCAGCACAUGAUCUGAACUGGAUCCAGUACCACUGCCUGGAUGUCAUCGGCACCCUUCUUGCUGUGGCCCUGCUGCUUGUCUACCUGGUGAUCAAGUGCUGCUCAGUCUGUCUACGCAAAGUGAAGGGCCACAGAAAGAACAAACUUGACUGAAGAACCUUCUUGAGAUGAGGCUUCCCCUGGUCGUCUGAUUGUCUGAUGGACUAAACCUUACCUCCACAGUUGUAUGACUGACUCAAACCACAGUGGCCACUGCUACCUCUUGCCAAUCUUCACAUACUUUCCCCUUUCAUUGGUGGUUGUGCUAAGUUCUGCUCUGCAUUUCUCUCUCAAAACGCCUCUGCCUCUCCCUCCUCCUGUAGACUUUCCUUUAAACCUCCCUCUUUCACCAAUUUUUGGAGACCUCCCUGAAUAUUUACUAAUGUAGCUCAUUGUGGAUUGUUGUUUGUAACUGCAGCUGUGGAGCUCCUUUAGAUGUUUCACAUUGUUUGAGAUACCAUUUAAAUGCAAGGUGCUGUUACAGUAAAGAACUUCCCAGACUAAUGAGGUCUGUUCACACUGGAGACUCUUAUUUAAGGUAUUAACGUUAUCCCAACAUGGAGUCAGGAGCAAAGUGAAUCACCUUCUGCUCCAGCACAAUAACUUAUCUUUCCCUAAGUUAUUCCUGGAGGAAUAAGCAAUGUUUUCCAUUUCCCAGUCCAUGACCUCCCUACUUUUGUAUUCAAUUCCCCUUGCAAUAAACAAUAACAUUCUUUUAGCUUUUCUAACCACUUGCUGAUUCUGCAUACUGGAUUUUUGUGAAUCAUACACUAGGACACCUAGAUCCUUCUGCAUCUCAGAGCUCUGCAAUCUAUCCCCAUUUAAAUGAUAUGCUUUCUUUCGGAAAAAAAUCCUGUCAAAAUGGAGAAUUUCACAUUUUCCCACAUCAUACUCCCUUUGCCAAGUCUUUGCUCACUCACUUAAUCUGUCUAUAUCCUCUUGUAGCCUCAGGUGAAUUCAAAACAAUCUUAUUGGUACAAUUUUAAGUGAAAUGAUUGAAACUACUUGAUUAGUUUACAGUUUUGUAGACAACAAUGUUUAUUUUACUGUUAAGCUUUCUUUAGGCCUGUUGUAAUCUUGAUUGUUUUGUUUAGAGACACCAAGCACAACCAGAUAUAGUUUCUAAGAGAAUCCAAGCAAUAUGUAAUUUGUAACCUAGUCUGAAUCGUGGAAUGUUACCUCAGAUCCAGUGUGUUUAUUGGCUGUAACUCCCAUUGGUAGGACUGCAAAAUGGGUUCCAGUUCAGUUUUAUUUCCUGGUAAAAUGACUGGUUCCAUUUUGAACCAGUCUCGUGCUGGCUGCCUUCACUCAAUGAUGGUGCAAUAUUGGAGUAUGGAUUCCGAAUAUGGAGCCAGCAAUGAUGGGGAUCUUGACUCUGCAUUAGAGCAAUGUGACUUGUCCAAUCUAGAGGCUCUGGCAAUAAAACCCCAGUGCAGUGCUAAGGGCAUGCUGCAUUGACAGAGGUGCUGCCCAUUGGAUGAGAUUUUGAACUUAAAUCGAUCUGUCCUCACUAGUCAAUCUGAAUGAUCCCAAAUCAUUAUUGUCAGAACAAAUGAGUUCUUCCUGCCUGAUAUUUGACAUUAAACCAACUUCACUAAA